AUGGGAAUCUACCGUCGUUGCGGCCCAGUGUCCAAGUACUAUAACCAACAGACCUCCGACUGGGACAACAAUCAAGUUGGUGACUGGAUCAACAACUGGUGGAAUGGCCACAGUGACCUCAUAUCCAACAACUCGGCUGGAUUUGCUGGUGCUUUUGGGCAAUGGGCUAUGGGAAAUCCAGACUGGAGCUGUCGGGAUGAUGGCUCAGACUCAGACUGUGAUCUUCAGCUGUGUGACAACCGCGUGCUCAACGAUCGUGGAAACGAUAUCCGUCCCACCUACUAUGUUCUCGAGUCAGUGAAUCGUCUUCAUACUUACUUUACUGGUAUUGGUGAGGCCUUCGUUACUACCGCUUUGGGGGCGGCUUUGUCGAAGGAUUCAUGGGCAACAACUUUCUACAAGGACAAAGAUGAUAAGAGCGUUACUGCUCUUAAGGAAGUGCUGACGCUUGUGACUACGAUUGUCGGGGUUGGUGCAUCGUUCGCUGGCUUGGGUCCUGCGGUGGCUGGUGCCGUUGCUGGUGCUGGUAGUGCGCUUACGAGUGGCGGUAUCGCAGCGGCUGUCAACACUCUUCCUAGCCAUCAGGAUGAUACUUUUGAGAAGUCCGCCGAUCUGGGCGGGAUCCUGGGCAGCAUUGUAGUGGACUCGCUCAAGUCCUUCACGACAGCCAACAACCAGCUCAUGGGCGGCCAGUCUUACGGCGAUGCCGACAUCCGCAGUUAUCUCUCCGGCGGCGCCUUCCUUGCCUAUCCCGGUGUCGACAAGAACUCCGUCACCGACGCCAUGACCAACAUGUUGGUUGGUGUUUCCAUCAACCAGCUGUAUCGCACGCAGAAGAUCUUCAUCAUGGGUGGUGGUGCCUGCGACGAUAACCAAGGCAUUGGAUCCGGUCCUCAAGAAGCGACAGUCUGCCGCGACGGUCAGGCCUGGUACCUCUACUACUGGCAAGAGAACGACGUGAUUUCCACAACCUCCCACCAGUGGGGAUGGGUUGCAUCACCUCCAGGAGCCGACCAGCUCGGACAAGGCGCCUACAGUGGUGUCAGCGUCCAGGACAUCAUCAACUCCUCUCUCGACGCAUACAACGUCGCCGGCUAUAACUAUGAUGCCGACACAGCGGCCAGUCGUGCCUCGGAUGCCAUUUCCAAUUCCUGGGCAAGCCCUGGGUCGCACGGUGCGUCUUGGGAAGGUAUCUUCACUAUCCCGGUUUGUGAUGUUGGCGGUGCGGUCAACUCCGAUUACCAGGAUAAGGAGUACAUUCUGCAGCCCUAUGGACAUGAUAGCCGGCCGGUUUGGUGUGGUGCUAUUUGCAGUGGUGAUUCUCAGAAGACGAGUGACUUUAUCAAUGCUGCUAAUAUGGGUGGAUUCCAAAGCCCUAAGCAUCUUUGUAACUCGGACCCUGGAUACUAG